UUCAUCUUUUACCGAAGAAGCAAAGAAGUUCGUCGAUUUACUGGAAAUUAUGUAUGAGGAUGAAGAGACGAGACACGAACCCCGAGAUAUCUUCCGACCUAUCUAUAACUUAUGGAUGCCUGGAUAAUCGAAAGCACGUUGGUGAAUCAGAAAUCCGGGUAAUCGGUAUCUGUAUAAUCGACAUUCUGCUAUACUCAUUUGUCUCUGUUCUAUCGAAUCAUGCUCGUACAAUUAGUCAACGUCAUUAUAAUAGUCGUAAAGCGUUGAGAAGACGCACAAUCGAGGAUAGAAGUAGAAUUGAUUUGCAAUGCGAGCAACCGGAUGUAUUAGUUACUUUUUUCUUCUCUGGGCUGAGUCUGGCAUUGUGAAGGGGAACUCAAGUAAGAUAAGAAACGGGAGCAUUAACGGCAAGUGUUACGAUGACGGCGCAGUGUAGUUUUCUAUAAUUACUGGCCGAUGGUAAAUCGAAGGCUGAAUGAGCCUUAUGGGCGUAUACCCGGCAGGCGUGGAUACUGAUUGGACAUGGAUUAACGGGCCCUCUUGAUUAAGUCACCUCGCCU